AUGGCUCCUCUGGAAGGGCUAACGGAUGCUCGUGCGAUUCUUCUCGCUACGCAUUAUUGCACCGCUGGUGAUGUGACCGAUUUACCUGCUCUUCAGGCACACUACCCUCAUUGUUUUCCACUGGAACGCCUCCUACGCAUCAUCUUGACCUACCUCCCCGAGAGCACAGAACCGUCUGCAUAUGUCCCAGUCCUUCAGCAGCUGACUGAGACUUCUCCAUUGGGGUUUGGUGAUCGUGAUAUUGACAUAUCGGCUGUUAAAGACUUGUCCGAAGCAGCGGCGCGGAAACGUGUCCGGAAGCUUCGUCUACGACCGUUGAAGCGCGAGGACGAGGAGGAAGAAGUCGAGUCUGCGGACCUCUUAACUCAGUUUCUCAUCCAUCGAGCAUACUUGAUUGAUACCGAAACCGCCCUACAACCCCUCAUUUUGGGCCUUCUCCUUCCCUUUUACGAACAGCGCCCCGUCAUUCGAACAUGGUUGAUCUCAAGCCUACUACCAGCUCUCCGACUCAAUUACGAAUACUAUCCCAAUCGCGAGGAGACGAUAUCACUGGAGACUCUAGAGUCGAUGGAUGAUCAGACCGCGAUCAACAUCCUGCUAUCGAUAACUGGCGCCGAGGGUAAUAACAUGGAUUUGGUCAAUAACCUGAGAGGUCUAAUUGGCCCAUGGCUAUAUGGCGGCAAUCGAGCAAAGAGGCGGAGAUUGAACGAAAGUGCGCAUCAGAAUUCGAUAUCCUUCGUACAAGGGACGGCAAAACCUCCACCUACUGAACUGGCCGGAUGGGAAUAUGUGAACGAGUGGCUAUUAUCCCGAAGCCUGGUUGAUCGCAGCAGUGUUGUCGGAGCUUUUACCAACUGGAACGGCCCGGGAGAUAUUGAUUUAGGAGGCUAUAACGAUGAGGGAAGUCAUAUUUCGCCCGAAAAGAUGAAAGAAUUGCUGAAUCGGUACGGCCAGUCUGGAUUGUCUGUGGUCUAUGCCCAUGCAGAUUCAUCGCAAGCCGCAUUGGAUGGAUCAUUCCAGGUUGUGGCACGGGUUGCAAGGCUACUUGAGCUGGAAGAAUUCUCAUAUUUGAACUCUUCCGACUCGGCGCUUCCAUCCGUGGACUAUGAUACAGAGCAAAUUUCUUCGACGUCAAGGGCCUCACUGUUACAGAACGGCCUCCUGGCACAUGCAAACGCUCUGACAAAUCCAUCGCCAUCCUCGAUCUCUUUCCUCAGUGCAUUGCUCCUUUCCCUACGCAUUCUGACACAGCUUGGCCAUAUACUUCCGUGCCGCGCUGCGGCCAACAUUUGUCUGCAUAGCAAUGAGGAGAUGCAAUUAGCGGAGCUGAAGAGUGUGGUAUCGUCGGCUGUAAAACAGCAACGUUCGAGACAAAAUUGGGAAUUGGUUCGACUGCAGCUACUGUGGCUUCGGGAUUGGCAAGCCGAGCAUUCUGACAAUGGAUGGGAUGAGCCAUCUACCCACCAUGGACUGUUCUGGAGAAUCUCGCGCGACACAGUUGAGACGGAGAUUUUAAAGGCUCUCCUCAGCGCCCGAGAAUACCAAUUGGCUGUGGAUCUAUACACUCAGCCUGAGUCAUCGCUUAGCACUACGCAGGUAGAAGCAGCUGUGGUGGAAGCCAUCUUUGCAGCCUACGAUAAUGCAAGUAACGGCAACCGAACUCGCGGCGGGAUGAAGAAAGCCUAUGGCAUUCUGCAAGCAUUCCAACCGCAUUUCCAGAUAUCAAUCCAGCUCAAGCAGAUCAACUCUCUCAUCGCCGCAACACACGCCUUGUCUUUCUACUCCUUGACUCUGCAACACGGUGUCCCAUUCGAACCAGUCAGCAUUCGAGUCCACCACGAUCCCCUCUCUUUGGUCGAAAAAGUUCUCGAUCAAAACGCGAAGAGCUACACCAAACUGGACGACCUUCUCUCCAUCGGCCGUAACUUAGUCAAAGCCGGUCUCCCCACCCACCUAUCAUCAAGCGAACACGAAAGCCAUACCUCCCAAGAGCAGCUUUCAGAGGAAGAUGCACUCGUCACCGCCGAACGACGCAUCACCUCUCUCGCCAUCUCCUCCGCCCUAACCUCAAACGACUUCGGCACAGCCUACUCCUACAUCCUCACCCGCCUACCACCACCCUCCAUGCUCCCAACCUCCUCCUCACUCCUCACCACCACCGUCCCAGACGACAUCUCCUGGCGCGCCGUCUACAACGCAGGCCGCUACCGCUCUGCCUCCCCCAACACCUCCGCCACCCUCCAAUCCCAAAUCACCCACCUCUCCCAAAGAAUGGAACUUCUCUCCCUCGCCCUAACCCUCGUCCCAUCCCCAGACCCCCUCCCCGAAAUCCUCGGUGCCUGGCGCCGCUGCGACGAGGAAAUGUCCUCGCUCCGCGCGCGCGAGCAACAAGAAGAGGACGUCUGGGAUGCAAAGGGCGACAGUCUCUCCACCGUCCCCGGUGGAUUCGGCCCUACAGAUUCCGAGCGCGACGCUUUUGAUACAGCGCAGCAGCGUGCGGCCAGACGAGCGCGCGCUCGCGCUGCGAUGCCGCAUUCUCAUCCGCACGAGGCGCCCAUGGGUCUAUUUGAGGUUGCCCGUGGCGCGGCGAUCGCGUUGCAUAAGAAUGCUUUCCCGUUGCGGGGUGCUGCGGAUGCGUCUCGGAUCCCUGCUGGUGCUGGUGCUGCUGGGUCUGGGGAUGCGGAGAGGUCUUUCUCGCCUGAUCAGGGCGAGGGCCGGGUGCGGAAGAGAGAUAUGGUUAGUAAUAUGGUGACGGGUGGGUUGGCGAGUGGUAUUGGAUGGGUUCUUGGUGCUGAGCCGGUGAACCGGUAG